UACCCAAAACGUUAUAAACUUUUUUUCUAGGAACUGGCGGAUAAUGUAUGCGUACGUGUGGAGAGAUAUAACCGUUUAUUUUAAUAGAUGCAGACGUAUUUCUCAUUAAGUUAAUAUUAUUCAUAACAGGUGGUCUUAUCCAGCAUAAAUAAUUUUGUUUACGUUUAGUGCGCAGGCAAUUUUGUUUUUCUCUAUUAUAAGCAUUGUUGAGUCUGCUUUGUUGGUUUACUUGUAUGCAUCUAAUGUGAUCUAGUCUAAUUCUUGUCUUGAGAGAGGCUUUCCGUUCAGAUAAGUGCCUACUGUAAAAAGUACGAUAGGCCCACAUAUUAUAAGCUAAAGAUUACCUAAGGCUAACUGUUUGGUCACGGACUACAAAGUCAACGCCUGCUCUAAGGAAGAAAAGCCAAAUGUCUAUUUGGGCUAAAACAAUUUUGGUGACAGGGGCGUCUCGAGGGCUUGGUCUCGAGUUCGUCAGGCAACUGUUAGAACUACCCACUCCUCCAGAGGUUUUGAUUGCUGCAUGUCGAGAUCCUGAGAAAGCUGAAAACUUACAGAGACUCGCCAAGUCCAACAGAGCUGUUAAAAUUGUGAAGCUAGACGUAGAGAAAGAUGAUGAGAUAGACAAAACUGUGGAGGUUGUGUCCAACUAUGUCGGUGAGAGGGGCUUGAACCUGCUCAUUAAUAAUGCUGGCAUUCUAUACAAACAAUUGCCAGGGAAUAUUGCAGACGUGACGAGAGAAAUCAUGCAGAAGCACUUUAGUGUGAACGUUACAAGUCAGGUUAUGAUGUCCCAGAAAUGUCUGCCUCUGCUCCUAAAAGCAUCAUCACUGUCAGGGAGCAAUGAGUUAAGCACAAGCAAAGCUGCUGUCAUAAUGAUAUCCGCCAUACGUGGUUCUCAAACAUUGAUCAAUGCUGAGGGUCCGCUGGGAUUCAUACACUACAAAUGUUCCAAAACUGCACUGGACAUGGCUACGGUCCUUCUUGCUAGAGAGUUGAGAGAUGUUGGCAUCUUGGUGACUGCAUUGCACCCUGGCUGGGUAAAGACAGAUAUGGGCUCCAGUGAGGCCCCUUUGGGCAUUGAAGAAAGCAUCCGAGAUUGUCUUCAAACCAUUGGAAGAGCCGGCGAAGAGAGCAAUGGGAAAUUGAUUGACCUCAAAGGAAAUAUUUUACCUUACUAAAUUUCAGAUCCGAAUUUGGCAGCUAGCUAAUGUUAUGUUCUAGUAAAUAAAAAAAACAGGUUUUAUAAAGUAAUAAUUUUAUAUUUCAUGUAAGAUCAGUAUUUAUUUUUAUACGUUAUAGUUUCUAAAAGCACUACUGUACAUCAAAAUAUGUGAAACUAUUCAGAUUGAAAACAUAUUUUGAAAUUAAUGGCAAGCAGAGAAGAAAUUAAAACC